UAGAUGUCAACAGUUUCCCUUUCCUAUCAGACGCUAGUGAGCGGUGCUGUUGCUAUCUAUAGCACCAUUCUAUUUUCAGAGCAGGCAGAGAGGCGGCAAUACAACUCUACACACUCCUAGCACACCUUGAAAUAUCAUCAAGCCUGGGGAAAACCUUGUCAGUCCUAGCCUGUGUCACUUUGCCAUAGUGUAUUGUCACCAGGAACAAGUUUGAAGUAGAGGAACCUCAGAAUGAGAUGGAGGCCUCCAGAAGCCAGGGACUCGAAAGAGCUGCCGAAGCCCAAAGUGAGAGCCCCAAGCUGGGGGAGGGAGCGCAGCAGGCAGGCUCUCUGAGGGUAAGGUUGGAAGGGAGCGUUUUAACUGUGGACCGGGCUUUGCUGGAGCAGUGCAGCGAGUACUUCCGCGCCCUCUUCCGGUCUGGCAUGAGGGAGAGCCAGGAGGAUGAGCUGCAUCUGAAAGGAGGAGUGCAUGCACGGGGUUUCCUGAUUGCUUUGGCAGUGUCCAGGGGCGAGAAACUUUCUCUACAGGACCCGGAAGAACUAAUAGAGGCCGUGGAAUGUGCUGCCUUUCUCCAGGUGGCGUCACUGUCCCAGCAUCUCUGCGAUAUCAUUGACUCUGACAACUGCCUCCUGCUCUACCACGCAGCGGCCAUCUUUGGUCUACCCAACCUGUUCCAAUGUGCUGCCCUGUUCCUCUGCGACGCCUAUAGUGACCUGAAGGGUGAGGCAACAAACACUCUACCUGAGGAGUUGGUACUGUAUGCAGAGUCUUUGUCGCCAGCAUCUUUUGUCGCUUUGGGAACCCACUCACCCUCUAUGGAGCUGCUGAAGGACUCCUUUAGGACCGUGUGUUACCUGGACGAGGUGGAGGGAGAGUGGAGGCACCUAACAGACCUCCCCACCCACGCCAGCACCUCCAUGGCGGGCAUCGCCGUCCUGGACAACCGGCUGUAUGUGGUGGGGGGUAUUUACGGCUAUGGCAAAGGCACGGUGGACGGCGGCUUCUGCUACGACCCAGGGACGAGUACGUGGAGUGUGCUACCUGGACCCCAACAGCCCCGUGCCGACUUCACCCUUCUGGGGUACGAGGGGAAGUUGUACGCCAUCGGCGGUGAGCACCAGAAAAUAACCAUGUCCUCCGCCGAGGCUUAUGAUGUAGCCACAGGAGAAUGGGCGUUCGUGCAGUCCGCACCACGGCCUGUGGCAGCUGUGGCAUGCGCCAUCGCACGAAGGCGGAUGUUUGUGUGUUUCUGGAGGCCGCCAGACACCACGGAUAUCUACGAGUACAUCCCGGCGAAGGACAAGUGGAUGUUAGCCACCACGAUGAUAAGGCCGCAGAGCUACGGACACUGUAUGGUGGCCCACAGGGACAAUUUGUAUGUGAUGCGCAAUGGGCCAUCGGACGACUUCCUACGCUGCCUCAUGGACCGUUACAACAUCACCACGGGACAGUGGACCGCUAUACCAGGAAGUUACAUCAACACUAAGGGAGCACUGUUUACCGCCAUGGUCAGGGGUGACUCUGUGUUCACGGUCAAACACAUGCUAACUCUGGAGUAUACCAUUACUGGGGACACAUGGAAACCCCGUAGGGAGACGAAGAAAGGCUUUCCCAAGAGUGGCUCACUAUGGACAUGCUUACUGAGGCUUCCCAAGGCUGGCCUGUAAUGGUGUACACUGAUAGAGCUGUACUACGGUGCUUGGGGGGAGGUGUUACUGUAUUAAAAGUAUGGGUUAACUUCAGCCACCUCUCCCCUGUCUCUGUUCAGUCACAACACACAACAUUGUUAUAUGGUGCCAGAAAUAAACAGUAACACGGCCCAGUUAAACCCCAGGAGGCAGAUGGAGGAAAAACGACAGAGAUGAGAGAAUUAAGCAAUUUGUGGAAAACCUCUUAGAACCCAGAAAUACCCUUGUUUUUUUUAUGAGAGAAAACAAGCAUAGAAUAUUGUACUAGAAAACAAGUAUAGAAUGUUGUACUAGAAAACAAGUAUAGAAUAUUGUACUAGAAAACAAGUAUAGAAUAUUGUACUAGAAAACAAGCAUAGAAUAUUGUACUAGAAAACAAGCAUAGAAUAUUGUACUAGAAAACAAGUAUAGAAUGUUGUACUAGAAAACAAGUAUAGAAUAUUGUACUAGAAAACAAGUAUAGAAUAUUGUACUAGAAAACAAGCAUAGAAUAUUGUACUAGAAAACAAGCAUAAAAUAUUGUACUAGAAAACAAGUAUAGAAUAUUGUACUAGAAAACAAGCAUAGAAUAUUGUACUAGAAAACAAGUAUAGAAUAUUGUACUAGAAAACAAGCAUAGAAUAUUGUACUAGAAAACAAGUAUAGAAUAUUGUACAAGAAAACAAGUAUAGAAUAUUGUACUAGAAAACAAGUAUAGAAUAUUGUACUAGAAAACAAGCAUAAAAUAUUGUACUAGAAAACAAGUAUAGAAUAUUGUACUAGAAAACAAGUAUAGAAUAUUGUACUAGAAAACAAGUAUAGAAUGUUGUGCUCAAAAGUAUGCAUAUUAAAGAGAAAAUUAAUAGAAUUCAUUCAGUCUAGUCAAAUUACAAAUCAGAACCACAGGUGCUGCAUCUGUAUGAAUAUGCAGUAUAUUACAGCAAUAUUCCAUCAGUGUUUCUCUGCACAGUGCGCACACACACACACACACGCGCGCGCGCGCGCGCAAACACACACUCACUUACUCCAUGGAGGCUAUCCAGCCACCAAAACAGCUCCAAAACCACAGCAGCAGCAACUGUUGCUAAUCAGAAACCAUGUUCUGUGUGUGUGUGUGUGUGUGUGUGUGUGUGUGUGUGUGUCUGUCUGUCUGGGAGUCUUAUAUAACAGGAGCCAAACAGCAGGAGUGUAUUACCUCUACACGUCAACAGACACGUCACCUAAACUCAGACAGACAGACCUGCAACUGUACAUGUCCCCUCUACGCGCACGCACGCACUCACACACACACACACACACACACACACACACACACACACACACACACACACACACACACACACACACACACACACACAGACACACACACACACACACACACAGAACUCUCAACAGACAAUGUUCAAAGCUUCAAAAUCUCUCUUAUAAAGCGUGUUUAUCAGUCGUGGUUUCAUCAACAUACACGUCCACACCAGUGGAGGCUCCUCAGAGGAGGAAGAGGAGGACCAUCCUCCUCAGAGGU